GAGAUUCAAAGCAACGAAAAACAAUCUACGGUUGCCAGGUCUGCGACGUCAGUGCCGACGAACUCAUGGCUCGCGAGAGGCCCGUAAAAACAUGAUAGCCAGAUCUGCGACGUCACGGCUGUCGCCAGUGAUCGCCAUUCGCCACCCUCUCCGUUCCAUUCCAAUCCGUUCAGCGGUCAGCGGAACAUGAUACGGUCUGCGCCCUUCCAAGCAAUCACAUCUUCUUCCCCGUUAUAAAUCGCUCACUCGCUAUCGUCGGCUACCUGUAUCCUGGCGACACCCAACAGCCUGCUUGCCGCGCUUGCAUUGAGGGGAGUUCGGGGAGCGGCCGGUGCGGAAGGAAUCGACACAGAGUUCAGUUCACAUGGCUGCUGAAUCAGAGAACGGCAACUGCAAAGCUUGGGCAGCGAGAGAUCCUUCUGGAGUUCUCUCACCACACAGUUUUAACCGCAGAGCAGUGCAAAGCGGCGAUGUUUCGCUGAAGAUCAUAUACUGUGGAGUCUGUUAUGCAGACGUUGCUUGGACGCGGAAUAAGCUCAAUGAUUCAAAAUAUCCUUUGGUUCCUGGGCAUGAGAUAGCUGGAGUUGUAACUCAGGUUGGUGCAGAUGUCAAAGGCUUUAAAGUGGGUGACCAUGUAGGUGUUGGAACAUAUGUGAACUCUUGCCGUGAUUGUGAGAACUGCAAUAUCUCUCUAGACAACCAUUGCCCAAAAGCAGUUUAUACUUUCAAUGGCAUUGAUACAGAUGGAACUGUCACAAAGGGGGGUUACUCCACUCACAUUGUAGUCCAUGAAAGGUAUUGCUUCAAAAUACCCGAUGGCUACCCUUUGGCGAAGGCAGCACCUCUUCUGUGUGCUGGAAUAACCGUGUAUACUCCAAUGAUGCGACACAACAUGAACCAACCUGGAAAGUCACUUGGGGUCAUUGGUCUUGGUGGUCUGGGUCACAUGGCUGUGAAAUUUGGUAAAGCAUUUGGUCUUAAGGUCACAGUUUUCAGUACAAGUGAAUCAAAGAGAGAUGAAGCCAUCAACCUCCUUGGAGCAGAUAAUUUUGUUAUAUCAUCAGACACACAGCAAAUGGAGUCCCUGAAGAACUCCCUGCACUUCAUAAUUGACACUGCUUCCGGUGACCAUCCAUUUGAUCCGUAUUUCUCUCUCCUUAAGGUUGGUGGUGUGAUGACAUUGGUAGGUUUUCCAAGUGAGAUCAAAAUGCAUCCUGCAAGCCUUAUACUUGGUGCGCGGACCUUGUCUGGCAGUGUUGUUGGAGGUAUAAAAGACAUCCAAGAAAUGGUUAACUUCUGUGCAGCCAACAAUAUCUAUCCGGAGAUUGAGAUCAUUAAGAUAGAUUAUAUCAACGAGGCUCUCGCGAGGCUUGUUAAUCGAGAUGUGAAAUACCGCUUUGUAAUCGACAUCGAGAACUCCUUCAAGUAGCGUGCUAGUGCACAUGCUCUCGUCUUUCUGUUAGUGUUCAACAGUUCAAGAGCUAUUACAAAUGUGAGUCAUGCCAAAUAAACUUGAUGUAAACAACCAUAAUUGAACAGCAAGGGGAAACAGGUAUAUUGUGAUAAUGAAGUCGCUCUAUGAAUAUUCAA